UUUAUUGUGUGUGAUUUUUGUUUGUUUCAUCUUCAUUUUAUUUGAUGUUCAACAAUGGUCAAUCGUAAACGUAAAGCAACAACAACAAUUGAUACUAAUGUAUCUACUAUUGUUGAUAAUAAUGAUAAUUCAGAAGCAAUAAAUAAUGAAUCUAUUGGUCGUAUAAAAUCGAAAAAUUCUAAAUCAAAAUCAUCAACAACAACAAUUGUUGAUAAUGGUGAUGAUCAUGAUGAUCAUCAUCAACCAUCGAAAUCAAAAUCAUCUAAACGUUCGACACGUAGAACAACACCAGCAUCUAAUCAAUCAACAUCAAACAACAGUAAUAAUAAUGUUGAUGAUGAUCAUGAUCAAAUUGAAUCACAAGUUGAUAAAUCUAAAAUUAAACGAACACGUGGUAAUCGAAAACAGGUAGAAUCGACUAUUGCAAGUAAUUCUGAUGAUAUUGCUUCAACUAGUACAAAUUUAGUCGAUAAUGUCAAGACUACGAAAAAAUCGGCAAAACCAACUAAAAAUGUUACAUUCGAUAUCGAUACCGUUAAUAUUGAAGAAGAUAAAACAAAACAAACAUUACGACGAAGUUCACGAACAACAACUAGAGCUUCAACAGCAGCCUCUUCAGCUGUGGCAAAAAUUUCAACAUCAUCAUCAUCAUCAUCGUCAUCUUCAACGACGGCAUCAAGAAAAAAAACAACGGCAACAAAAUCAGACACACCAAUAAAGCAAUCAGCACCAUCAUCAUCUCGAAGUCGUGCAAAAAAGCAAGACAAACCUGAAUCGAUCGAACCAAUCGAAAAUUCUCAGGAAGAUCAACAUGUAGAAAAAGAAUCAAUGGUUAAAUCGAAACGUUCGUCAAAAUCAUCAAAACAGUCCGAAACAAAAUUUAAGAAAACGACGACAACAACUCAAAAUGAGCAACAUGAAGAAACCAAAAAUGAACCUGAACCAACUGUUAUCAGUAAAAAACGUUCAACACGUGGCGUAAAAUCUAAGCCCGAAGUUGUUGAAAAUGUUGUGGAUAAUGAACCAAAAGAAGUGAAAGAAAGACCGCGAUCGACAAGAAAAACUGCUGCUGCUACUUCGGUAACUGAAUCGUCAUCUAAAUCUACAAAUAAACGAAGUACACAAAAACAGCGCAAUAAGACAGAAUUAGUCGAUGAAAUUCAAACCACUGAGCUUGAAAAUGUUGAAGAAGAGACUAAAACAGAGUCAUCAAAACGUAAAUCGGCUAGAAAUUUGACUAAAUCAAUGAAUCAAGCUGCGGUUGAAACGGAACCAGAACAAACAACGUCUGAACCGAAAAAAUCCGUAGCAGCAACAGCAAAAUCAAAACGACCAAGACGAGGAGCUGCCUCGACUGUUGUGGAAGAGGUAAUAAAAGAAUCUGAACCAGAAAUUCCAUCGUUAGUACAAGAUGAACCCGAUUUCAUACAACAGAUACCUGUAACAAAACCAGAGACAGAAAAUGAGAAAAAUAUUCCAAAUCAUUCUGAAUCUGAAGAACAAAUAUCAGCCAAUAAUAAUGUAGAAGAGAAAAAAAUUGCUGAAGUUGUUGAUAAAGUAAAUGAAAUUGUUGAUGUUAUAGAAUCAGAAACGAAUAUUUCUCAAUCAUUAUCAUCAUUAACAGCAGCAGCAACUACGGUCGCAAAAGAAGAUACUGAAAAAAUUGAUGAGAAAGUUAAUAAUGAAACAUGUUCGAAAGAAUCAAAAAUGCCAAAAAAUCAAGUAUCAUUCGAAAUAGUCGAUAUGGAUGAUAAUGAAGAGAUAGAACCAGAUACGCAUGUAAUCGCUAUUGACCAUGAACAAAUGAUCAUAGAUGAUGGAUCACGAUCAUCGAUGCCAUCAUCAAUUGAAUCGAAAGAUAAACAAUCUGAUUUAGAUUUGGAUUCUACUAUUAUUGUCAUUGAAGAUUCUCAAUCUAGUGAUGGUUCCCUGCUACAACCGUCUAUCGUUUCAAAGUCGAUUGUGAAGCAAGAAACAAACGCACAAUCACCAAUUGAAAAUGAACCAAAAACGGAUAUGAAGGAAUUUCAGCCAAUCACCGUUUCUAAUGACCAAACAAAAAUUGAGGUUGAUAUUAAGCAAUCAAUUUCGGUUGUAAAUGAAGCUGAAUCAUUAGCUACCAAUUCAAAUGGUCAAUCAAUGGUUAUUGAAGAUGAUAAUGAUGAACGAGGUUCAAAACGUAAAGUACCUGAUUCAUUUACAAUUUCAAGUGAAGAUACUAUGCAAUCACCUGUAGCGAAAAAGGCAAGAUUCGAAUUGCCUGACCAUGGUGAUCUAUUCACAAUGGGUGAUCAAAUAUCGAAAGAAUUAGGGCCACGUGAAAUAUAUUUUCAUGGACGUAAAACAUUACGAUCACAGCCAGCAAAAGUUCGUAUCGGUUCAUAUAAAAUCAAACAAGUUGCAAUGGGGGCUUUACAUACAUUAGCGUUGACCGUCAAUGGUCAGAUUUUAUCAUUUGGUUGUAAUGAUGAUUAUGUUCUUGGUCGAUUUAUUACUCGUGAAGAAUAUACGAAUAAUCUUAUCACUAAUGGUGGUGAUGAUGAUCUGGAUGAAUUAGAUGUUGAUGAUGAUGAAUUUGAAGAGAAACUUUCUGGACGUCCAUUACCGGUGAAAGAAUUGCGAUCAAAAACAGUUGUAAAAGUAUCGGCUGGUGAUAUGCAUUCGGCAGCAUUAUGUGAUGAUGGCAAAGUUUAUGUUUGGGGAAAUUUCAAAGAUGAUUCGGAUAAAGUUGGUCUAUUUGUUGAUUGCGAAAAAUCUCCAAAUUGUUCGGACUAUUUACCUGUAAUUUUACCGAAACAAGUCGAAAUUGAUAUGAAAAUUAUUGAUAUUGCAUCUGGAUCUCAUCAUAUCCUAAUGCUAACGGAGGAAGGAAAUGUAUUCACAUUUGGUGAUGGUUCUAAAGGACAAUUAGGACGUAUUGUAUCGACCGAGCUUAAUUCAAUCAAAACAAAUCGUGAUCUAUUUUUACGACCGCAAAUGGUAUCGAUACCUGAACAGGCAAAAAUUGAACAUGUUUUUGCAUCACAAUGGAAUUCAUUUGCCUUAUCCACCGACGGUAAUCUUUAUGGCUGGGGUCUUAAUAAUUAUUUUCAACUUGGUUUGAAAAAUGAUUUCAUAUCACAAGCAAAUAGCUUAAAUUCCGAUUCAUUAUUUACAUUGAUACCGACACGAAUACCGUUAUCGUUUAAAUGUAAACAAGUAUCUAAUGGCCAACAACAUUCAUUAGCAUUGGAUAAUGAUGGCAAUGUUUAUGCCUGUGGUUCAGCAUUAUAUGGAAAAUUAGGUCUUGGUGAAGAUUUUAUUCGACAAUGUAAUAAUGAUAAAAGUAUUAGUGAUUUUAAACAAAUUCCAUCAACCAUUUUCAAUAAGGAACGUGUAAUCAAAGUUGAUUGUGGUGAUUUUUGUUCAAUGGCCAUUACAGAAACUGGAAAAUUAUAUUGUUGGGGACAAGGUGGCCUACAGAUUGGUACAUCGGCUGAUGAAGAUCUAUUUGAACCAAGACAAAUAAAAAAUGGCCCUUAUGAUGAAUGUACACGUUUUAUAUCGAUUUCAACGGGUGCACAAAUGGCAGCAAUGAUUGGUACGAUUAUCAAUGAUGAUGAUAAUGAUAAUGAUUUACAAAUGGAUUAGAAAUAAUUUUUUUCACUUUCAUAUAUUCAUUGUGAUUCAAUUUCUUUCUAAUUGAUUUAUUCUUUUCUUUGUUUUUUUUUGAUGAUCACAUCUAAUAUAUCAAACAAACAAAACAAAUUGAUUUGAUGACAUUAUAUUUGAUUUGUUUGUUUACCAUAAAAUAUAUACAACAACCAACAUUUACCCAAAAUAUAAUAUGCAUAUUCAUCAAUUAU